AUGAAUGGUGGGUCUGCACCUUCAGGCUUAAAGAGUGGGUCUGACAACAGAGUGGUAGUUCUGCACUUGAGAUGUGUGGGUCUGGGCUGGAUGGAAGAUCUAGAUCCUGUUUAUGUUCCUAUUGGAGUUGUUACGUUAGAGGAUAUCAUAGAGGAGAUCAUUCAGCAGGAGAUUGUAGAUGAAACUGAUGCUUAUGUUAACAACGACUUUAAGAAGAAGAACGAGAAGAAGUGUUUCCCGCUCCUUCCAAUAGACAAGAAGAAAGACCAGCAUGUAAUGAAGAUUUCACCCCAACUAGAGCUCGCUACUUUCACAUUUCUCAGUACACAAGUUCCAGAGUUUUCAGAGGAAAACAUCAGUCCUGGUGUUCUCAACAGGCUACUCAGACAGGAUGUUAUAAAGGAGGUUAAACCUGACGGUAAACCUGUUAUUGAGUCCGGAGUAACCGUCAACUUCAUGGCAAUGAUUCUUACAGGAGAGCUGAAGAUAGAGGUAGGACGGGAGAAGAUGAUAUUUGUACAGGGCCCCUUCUCCACCUUCUGCAUCCCAGCCUUGUCAGGACCCUACGUGCCUGAUAUCACCGUGUUGCCCAGUGACGUACGGUGUCAGUAUCUGUGUAUCCACAGGGACGAAUAUCGUCGUGCUAUCGAGACUUGUGAAUUUGUGCUGCAAGAGAAAACGCCCGUGUAUCCACGAAGCGAGACAGACCUUGAAGCAAGGAGUCCCAACGGUCUGUCCCCCGCACCCCAUUCCAGUUCACAGGGUGGUUCCACUGGCGGUUCCACUGGCGGUUUGGUAGACCCCGCCAAUUCGAGAUAUCACGUGUGCUGCAACGAUAGUGCCGUAUGAGUACAGGCGACUGCAAUAACCAACGAAGAACAGAGAGACAAACCGACACCUCCAAUGUUCCGGCCCCUGAAUAGAGUGUCAGAGAGCUCUGGCAGGUCGUCACCGAGAAGACGGUCAGAUAGGUCCAUAAAGCGUAUUGUGGAGUCCGACAAAGAAUCAGAUGCGGAAUCAGAUCACGACUUCCCUGGCGAGAGCGAGGCCCUGAUAUCAUCUGACAAUGAUGGAGACGAUGGUCAUGGAGCUGUUACCAAAGUUUAGGACUAGUUUUAGUUCCUUUAGAUUGUUUCUGUUUGGAUAAAACUCUUAUUUUACUACGCUUAUGUUAUUUAUUUAGUAUUCUACAUCUAGCUUUAUUUAAUGCUAAACAGUCAAAUUUUUUCACGAUUU